UCUUAAGAUGGUUUUACCGCUACUUCUACGUAUGAAAAGAAUCAUGGAAGACAGAAAUGAUGUUCCAAUUUACCUACCUUGUUUGUCUGUAAGUGUGAACAUGGUGUUGUACAUGUGUCAGCUCCCGGAACUGUUCAAAACUUGACUGUGACACCUGGGCAGGAGGCUUUCAAGCAUCUGACCGCAAGAUGGCGAUGUCCAGGUGUGGCUGACCGUCACUCACUUAUCAAGGGUUUCUUUGUGAAGACAACAAUCGUGGGACACGGCCCUGGAUGCGACAUCUCGUCUAGGUACACCUCACCUGUAGUGAAGUCGGUGACUCAGGCAGACCAGACAAUACAUUGCAGCUCAAGCAGCUGCUACGUGAGUUUGGCAGAAAAAAGUUGCCAAGGUAACCAGAGCGUGGUGAUUGACGUGCAGCCUGAAAACCGUUAUCUUAUUCAGGUGGGGAGUGUUGGUGAGGAGUACAACAGCUCAGACUGGGCCAACACCACUUACUGUGCACCUGCUGGACCUUCAGAGGCUGUGAGAAACCUGAACGUCACUGUUUUGAAUGAGUCUGCCUUACAAGUCACGUGGGACGAACCACAAGAAACAAACGGAAUGUUGCUUGGGUAUGGUUUAAAUGUGAGCGAUGGAAGUGGAUGUGUUCAGAAAAUCUACUUGAAUAACAGCACCAACUGCGAAACACCUAUAGCAAAAUCAAAAGACCCACGUAUUGGAACACCCUGUACGAACUGGUCAGUGAUAUGUAGACAAGAUUUACAACUUACCAUCACGGACCUGCUCCCUGACACCUCCUACACCAUCACCGUCUUUGCCAUCAACGGUGCUCCUCAGAACAACGGAUGGGGCUCUCCAAGCAGCUUGAAUAGAACCACCGCCAUCGCUGUUCCAUCAAACAUAAACAACUUCACAGCGAAGUGGACAACAAACAUCUCUGUGAAUCUCACCUGGUCAACUCCGGUACCCCGUCCUGGACCCACCAACUACACUCUGGUCACCACAGACCUUGGUCCUCUAUACUACAGCUACAGGGGGGCUUUCUCUACCAACAAAACAUUGAUAACAGGCUUUGACAGUCACGAAUACUUAGUAAAAGAACUACGCCCAGCAUGGAACUACAGCUUUACCCUGUCAUCACAAACAUUGGCAGGAUCCUCACAAACUACAACCACAACAGCACAAACACAGGACUCAGUUCCUGGAGUUGUUCAGAAUCUGACUGUAACACCUGGUCAUGAGGCCUACAAACAACAGACCGCAAGCUGGCGAUGUCCAGGUGUCACAGAGCGGAAUACUCGCAUCAUAGGAUUCCUUUUAAACACAACCUCUUGGAAUAUAAACGGAGACAAGAAAGAAGACAGCUCUGCCGCUCAGAAAAACCAGUGCAGUGUGGGUAUUUGUUUUGUAAACGUGACGGACGUGGGCUGCGAAAAUACCCAAAGUGUUGAUAUCGUCGUCAAGCCUGAACAUCAUUAUCUUAUCCAGGUAGUUAUUUUAUCUUUGUAAAGUUUUAUUAGUCUG